GGGUCCUGCGGAGUUGGCGGAGGCUCCUCAAGGGACUGGGGCACCGAUCUGCGUAGAAGCGGGUGGCGGGGAAGAGAGGGGAGGAGAGCUCUGAGUGGGAAGCGGAGCCGGGGGCCUGGGACCCGUCGCGUCAGAGCCAGGCAAGUGAACCGAAGCAAACGACUUCCGAUCCAGUCUGCGCUGCUGCGGCUCCCGUUUGGGAUUUGAUUUGCAGCAUCUUCGAGCCUCUACGACAAAAAACCGCGAAGCACGCCCAGCCCUCCCCCGGCACCCCGAAAAGCACCCACUCCCUCCCGGGGACACAGCUGGGCGCGUCCACACCCCCGCAGCCCCACACCAUGUUGUGCGGAAGGACUUCCACUCUCCGCUUGUGUCGUUGAUGUCAGACCCCAGGCCAGCCUCCGGGUGCUGCAGUUCUCCCGGCUAAUGCUGAGGCUGCGGCUCCAGCUCUAGCACAGGCACCAGCCGCCGCGGCACCCGGCCCCAGCACCCACCGUCUGCAUGUGCCCGCCGUAGCCGCCUGCCCAGCCCGCAGCCCGCGCUCCACGGAGCGCUGGAGACCACCGCGGGGUGGGUAGGAGGGCUCCUCUGCCCUCUAGAGAAGCUGUCUUGGAGGUGUUGAUUUAGGUGGUUGGAUUUUUUUCCGUGGAUCUAUCAAUUCACAAUUCAAAUUUGGAAGAAAAAAGGAAAACAUGACGUCUCCAGCCAAAUUCAAAAAGGAUAAGGAGAUCAUAGCAGAGUACGAUACUCAGGUCAAAGAGAUCCGUGCUCAGCUCACGGAGCAGAUGAAAUGCCUGGACCAGCAGUGUGAGCUCCGAGUACAGCUGUUGCAGGACCUCCAGGACUUCUUCCGAAAGAAGGCAGAGAUUGAGAUGGACUACUCCCGCAACCUGGAGAAGCUGGCUGAACGCUUCCUGGCCAAGACACGCAGCACCAAGGACCAGCAAUUCAAGAAGGAUCAGAAUGUUCUCUCUCCAGUCAACUGCUGGAAUCUCCUCUUAAACCAGGUGAAGCGGGAAAGCAGGGACCAUACCACCCUGAGUGACAUCUACCUGAAUAAUAUUAUUCCUCGAUUUGUCCAAGUCAGCGAGGACUCAGGAAGACUCUUUAAAAAGAGUAAAGAAGUCGGCCAGCAGCUCCAAGAUGAUUUGAUGAAGGUCCUGAACGAGCUCUACUCGGUCAUGAAGACAUAUCACAUGUACAAUGCCGACAGCAUCAGUGCUCAGAGCAAACUAAAGGAGGCGGAGAAGCAGGAGGAGAAGCAAAUUGGUAAAUCGGUAAAGCAGGAGGACCGGCAGACCCCACGCUCCCCUGACUCCACCGCCAACGUUCGCAUUGAAGAGAAACAUGUCCGGAGGAGCUCAGUGAAGAAGAUUGAAAAGAUGAAGGAGAAGCGCCAAGCCAAGUACACGGAGAAUAAGCUGAAGGCCAUUAAAGCCCGGAAUGAGUACUUACUGGCUUUGGAGGCCACCAAUGCAUCUGUCUUCAAGUACUACAUCCACGACCUAUCUGACCUUAUUGAUCAGUGUUGUGACUUAGGCUACCAUGCAAGUCUGAACCGGGCUCUACGCACCUUCCUCUCUGCUGAGUUAAACCUGGAACAGUCGAAGCACGAGGGUCUGGAUGCCAUCGAGAAUGCAGUAGAAAACCUGGAUGCCACCAGUGAUAAGCAGCGCCUCAUGGAGAUGUACAACAAUGUCUUCUGCCCCCCUAUGAAGUUUGAGUUUCAGCCCCACAUGGGGGAUAUGGCUUCCCAGCUCUGUGCCCAGCAGCCUGUCCAGAGCGAGCUGGUACAGAGAUGCCAACAACUGCAGUCUCGCUUAUCCACUCUAAAGAUUGAAAACGAAGAGGUGAAAAAGACAAUGGAGGCCACCCUGCAGACCAUCCAGGACAUUGUGACUGUCGAGGAUUUUGAUGUGUCUGACUGCUUCCAGUACAGCAACUCCAUGGAGUCUGUCAAGUCCACGGUGUCCGAAACCUUCAUGAGCAAGCCCAGCAUUGCUAAGAGGAGAGCCAACCAGCAAGAGACAGAGCAGUUUUAUUUCACAAAAAUGAAAGAAUACCUGGAGGGCAGGAACCUCAUUACCAAGUUACAAGCCAAGCAUGACCUUCUGCAAAAAACCCUGGGAGAAAGUCAGAGGACAGAUUGCAGUCUAGCCAGGCGCAGCUCAACUGUGAGGAAACAGGACUCCAGCCAGGCAAUUCCUCUGGUGGUGGAAAGCUGUAUCCGGUUUAUCAGCAGACACGGACUACAGCAUGAAGGAAUUUUUCGGGUGUCCGGAUCCCAGGUAGAAGUGAAUGACAUCAAAAAUGCCUUUGAGAGAGGAGAGGACCCCCUGGCUGGGGACCAGAAUGACCAUGACAUGGAUUCCAUAGCUGGCGUCCUGAAGCUUUACUUCCGGGGGCUGGAACACCCUCUCUUCCCCAAGGACAUCUUUCAUGACCUGAUGGCCUGCGUCACAAUGGACAACCUGCAGGAGAGAGCUCUGCACAUCCGGAAGGUCCUCCUGGUCCUGCCCAAAACCACUCUGAUUAUCAUGAGAUACCUCUUUGCCUUCCUCAGUCAUUUAUCACAGUUCAGUGAAGAGAACAUGAUGGACCCCUACAACCUCGCCAUCUGCUUCGGGCCCUCGCUGAUGUCAGUGCCAGAGGGUCAUGACCAAGUGUCCUGCCAAGCCCACGUGAAUGAGCUGAUCAAAACCAUCAUCAUCCAGCAUGAGAACAUCUUCCCAAGCCCCAGAGAGCUGGAGGGCCCUGUCUACAGCAGAGGAGGAAGCAUGGAAGAUUACUGUGAUAGCCCUCAUGGAGAGACUACCUCGGUUGAAGACUCAACCCAGGAUGUGACUGCAGAGCACCACACGAGCGAUGAUGAAUGUGAGCCCAUCGAGGCCAUUGCCAAAUUUGACUACGUGGGCCGGACAGCCCGAGAGCUGUCCUUUAAGAAGGGAGCAUCCCUGCUGCUUUACCAGCGGGCCUCUGACGACUGGUGGGAAGGCCGGCACAAUGGCAUCGACGGACUCAUCCCCCAUCAGUACAUCGUGGUCCAAGACACCGAGGACGGUGUCGUGGAGAGGUCCAGCCCCAAGUCUGAGAUUGAGGUCAUUUCUGAGCCACCUGAAGAAAAGGUGACAGCCAGAGCGGGGGCCAGCUGUCCCAGUGGGGGUCAUGUAGCCGAUAUUUAUCUUGCAAACAUCAACAACAGCUUACAUCUUGACAACACAAAGCCUGUGACCAAUAAGCAAAGGAAGCGUCCAGAAUCUGGGAGCAUCCGGAAAACUUUUCGGAGUGACAGCCAUGGGCUGAGCAGUUCCCUGACUGACUCCUCCUCCCCAGGGGUGGGGGCUAGCUGCCGCCCAUCCUCCCAGCCCAUCAUGAGCCAGAGUCUCCCCAAGGAAGGGUCAGAUAAGUGUUCCAUCAGUGGGCAUGGGAGCCUCAACUCCAUCAGUCGCCACUCAUCCCUGAAGAAUCGGCUGGACAGUCCACAGAUCCGGAAGACUGCCACAGCAGGAAGGUCAAAAAGCUUCAAUAACCAUCGGCCCAUGGAUCCUGAGGUCAUUGCUCAGGAUAUUGAGGCAACAAUGAACUCAGCCCUGAACGAGCUACGGGAGCUAGAGCGGCAGAGUAGCGUCAAGCACACCCCUGACGUGGUUCUGGACACCUUGGAGCCCCUCAAAACCUCCCCAGUGGUGGCCCCCACGUCGGAGCCCUCCAGCCCCCUGCAUACCCAGCUCCUCAAGGACCCCGAGCCCGCCUUCCAGCGCAGCGCCAGUACUGCUGGGGACAUCGCCUGCGCCUUCCGGCCUGUGAAAUCUGUCAAGAUGGCUGCCCCGGUCAAACCACCAGCCACACGGCCCAAGCCCGCUGUCUUCCCCAAAACAAAUGCCACUAGCCCUGGUGUCAACUCAUCAACUUCCCCACAGUCCACUGACAAGUCUUGUACUGUCUGAGGGAUAUAAUUUAAUUGUUGUAGACAAGGGGACUAUAGGGACUGACUGUUAUUAAAAUCUUCCUAUUUAACUAGCUUGGGGACUUCAGUUGAAAAUUAGGUUCUAAGUUGUUCUUGCAGGAAUUAGCCUCCCCGUCUCCCAAAACCUUGAGAAUGAAGCCCUUGGUAUCGCCUCUCCCUUCCCACUGCCCUCUGCUUCCUCCAGUCAUCGUAAUUCAGCCAGCUGCAGUCCAUACCGUUCUUAGGUUAGCCAGAGACAAGUUUUCAUUAUCAGGUCACUGUGAAAUCUGGUAAGGCAGUGCUGAGGACGUGGGCUCAAGUCUCAGUCCCCUCAGACCAUGUGGAUGCCUUGACCAGAUGGUUGGCUACUGCCAUCCAGCUUUCAGUGGCGUCUUGUUUUGGGUACUGACUAUAGAGAAUCAUAUAUAGUCCAGUCUUCAUUUUACACACACACACGCAAUUAUAGAGAAUCAUAUAUAGUCCAGACUUCAUCUUCAUUUUACACACACACAUGUUUUUCUAGUCUUUGGCUUACUGAGCCUCUCCUGGUCAUAGACCAGUCUCUUUGUAAGUUAUUGUGGCAGUUCACACAGCAGCCACCAGGGGUCUCUGUUUCCAUUACAAACUUUGUCCUGUCUGGGCCAGAGAACCUAGCCUUUGAAAUCUCUCCAUCAUAUGAAAUACUGCGGGAUGGUACAAUCUCGUAACUUCUUUGGGGUUGGGGGCUUUCUCUCUGUGUUCUUUCCAUUGAUGUGAAUUGGUCAUUGGUGUUUGCUCUUGGUGUCCUCCAUCCUCUAGAAAUACACCCCAGUCUUAUUAAGAAGGUUUUCAAGUUUUUCUGAAUGUAUAGACAUUUCUCGGGUUCCUACCUUUGUCUCUGAUGGACCGUUUUCCAUUUAAGACAUUUUCCUGUAUAAGACCGUUUUAUAGCUGGUUCCUUUAAGGGUAAAGAGUCUUAAGAGAGUUUUAUUGUGUCUGUGGCAGGUUUGGAAAAGGUAAGAAAUGGGUCCUUUUUCCUCCUAAUGUUUUUGGCACUUAUAAAAUUCAUUAUCCUAUUAAAAAUUAAAUUCAGCUUUGCUAACCCAAAAAUUGUUCCCAAACGGAAACGUGUUUUAAGUCCACCCCUUAGUUUGGUUAUUUUAAAGGUCUCUCUUCAGGGACCAACAGGGACUUAGAGAGCCUUGGUUAGACUAAGGGGAGACGCUGCCUCUUAAGACCAGUUUUCAUUUAUCCAAACAAGGACAACUAAGGGAGCUCUGGCCCCACAGGCUUUCGAGUCUUCCCGAGGCCAGAAUCUAAAGAAAAUUAAAAUUUGAACACUGAAUAUUUUAACUCUACUCUGGCCUUUUUCUGGUUCCCUUCCAAAAUGCACAAAUGAUACCCUUGUCUGCUCCAAUCCAGUCUCCAAACCUGGUGCCCCUGGUCCUGGCCCCCCUGGCAUCGUGUUACCCCGGGAGUGCCAGGACCAGAGUCAUCCACAGCCAGGCUCACGGGCGUCAGACUGCAACUCAAGUUAAAGCUGAAACUCAUCCUUCUUCUGUAUGUUUUCUGGUUUAAAAGCUGCACUUACAUUUUAGCCUUAUUGUUUUCUAUAGUGCAGGAAAGAUGGUGGGUUGCCAUUCAGGUAGAAAAAUCUGAGUUUUCUUAUCUUUGACCUAGAAGAGAUUCUUUUGGGACCAACAUGCGAAAGUGGUAGUUGGAUCUAUGGAAAGUGUAGGAUUUUUUUUUUUAGCCUGUGCAAAGGAAAAGAGCUUUGUGGGAAAUUACUCAUGAGAAGGCUAACCUGCAGGACCAGAGGAACGUUUCCAAGUGCUACAAGGGAGGACUGAAGAACCCCAUCAGUGAAGCGAGUCAGCCUAGAAGAGGCAACCCACAGUCUUGGAUUCUCGGGUUUUGUUGCUCUGUUUCCUGAUCCGUUCUUGUCUGUCACCUGGGCCUACACAGGUUCUGAGCCAACAGGGGGCUUUCAUACCCAAGGAUCUGUUUCCUUGCUGAAAAUGGAACCCCAUCUUUCAUUUUACAUUCCUUUCAGUCCAACUUAUCAAAACUGGUACCCACACUUGCCCUUUCUCCCUCUCUCCGGCACACUCCCCUCUAAGAAAGUCAAAGCAAACCUUUCUUAAUGACAAUGCUUUGGGCCUGUGGUGUUGCUCCUGCCUUAUUUCUCUUUUAACCCCGUACAUGACUUGUGUUCACCAUCCCCUGAUCGGUGUCCAUCCGCGCUAAUUUGCAUCAUGAACUGAACAGUGUGUGAGUGGUCACCUACUAAACCCAACUCUAGGGGCAGAGCUGUCUUCCCCAUCUCUGGUGCUCUCGACACCUGUGAGAUGGUCCUGUCCAGAGGACUAGGAACCGAUAGGAGGAGAGUCCUUCUCUGCAGAGCUCACUGCAAACAACUGGAAUUGAGGUUGCACACUGAUUUUUACACCGAAAAGCCAAACGGAGCUGGCCACCCAGGGCCCAGGGAGACCAGCCUUCCUCAGCUAUGCUUGCCGAAACCAGCAUGAUGCUUCAAAGAGCCCUGCUCCGCCCCUCAUGGCAUGGAUCCUUUUCCUGGCAUGGACUCUGAAGGGUCAGUCUUUGGGGAAGAGAGGUGGGGUGGGGCUACCAGCAUCCCCAUUUAGAAAAUAGAGGAGUUUGUAGCCAGCAGCCUGUAAACUGGAAACACUGGUCUCAGCCAACCUCCUCAGGGCGCCCUGGCUUCUCCCCAAGGAGAUGAGGAGCGGUGAUGCCAGCACUGGGAUGCGCAGAGCACUGGAAGGGCUGGUGUAGACCUACUUCCCAUGCAGAAGAGAAGUCAGAUCUUCCAGGGAAUCGCAAUGUUGUGGCGUCCGACUUGUAUGUCACAUUUGUGUAAAAUGGUAUAUUCUUUAAAAUAGUGUUGAUAACUGGAAUAUUGUAUGUAUGCUUGGAGAUGCUUUGUGUGAACCUAAGACUGUCACUCAACAGAUGUUGGAUUGAGGAAAAUCCAAAGCACAACUUCAAAAUAAAAUACAUUUUUAGGUUUCA